GUAAUGACUUAAAAUUUUCAUCUUCUGUUUUAAAUUUGCUAGUUAAUCCUGGAGAAAAUAAAAAAAACUUAUCUGUUAACUUGGAACCAUUUUUCCAGCCUUUAACUUCUGAAGAAAUUUCCAGAUUUCAAAAAAAAAUAAUUCAUCUUCAAAAGAAGAAUUUAGCAGUUUAUCAAGAAAAAGGAUAUAAGGCUCUUUUUUUAGGUGUUGUUUUUUUACGAGGUUAUUUCUACAAUAACAAAAACAUUUUACGCUUGGUCAAUGCUCCUUUAUUCUUUCUGCCUUGUGAUUUAGAAAAGAUUAAAAAUUUAAGUCUGACUUUUCGAUCAGAAAGGAAGAUUAAUUAUAAUUUACUCUAUUAUCUGCAAAAAGAACUAGGUUUAGCCAAAGAGAAAUUUACUGGUUUUUUAAGCAAAUUACAAAAUAGCAAAGGAAUUGACAA